AGCAGAGCUUAGUGGGGAAGGCAGCAAGCAGUGCCGCUGACACGAGUGAAGGGGACGCCGCGUGGUUAUUUCCACAGACCUUUCUCUCUCUCUCUCUCUCUUCUCACAGCUUCACCUGCGCCUUCUGAGACGGACUCAGACACACCGGGACUAGAGGCUUUACAACCUUACCUUUUCGCUUUUGAACUCAAUUGAUUUACCAGCAGACCCCUGUGGUGGAAGGGGGGGUCGCUCAUUUCUCCCCGCUUUGGAGCGAGGAGUUUUGGUGUGUUUAUGUGUUUUACGCGUCGCUCGUCAUGGGAAAAAGUGGACAGAGAAGUGGAAUAGGACGCGGGAGUUGCUGCAGCUCGGCGAGGAUGUGCGCCACCACGCAAGGGAUCCUUCUUCUUCUCCUGGUGCUCGCACACCGAGGAGUCGCCCAAGUGAGAGACGAUGACGACUUUCUGAGUCUCAGUGAACUCCCAGAAACCUUCCCCUCGGACCCUCCGGAGCCCUUACCUCACUUCCUGUUUGAACCCGAGGAGGGCUACAUCGUCAAGAACAAACCUGUCAACCUGUACUGCAAGGCGACACCUGCCACGCAGAUCUACUUUAAGUGCAACAGCGAGUGGGUCCAUCAGAAAGACCACACUGUGGAGGAGAGGGUGGAUGAAACCUCAGGUCUGGUGGUGAGAGAAGCCAGUAUAGAAAUCACACGACAGCAGGUGGAGGAGCUGUUUGGUCCUGAAGAUUACUGGUGUCAGUGUGUCGCCUGGAGCUCCGCUGGAACCACCAAAAGCCGCAAGGCGCACGUCCGCAUCGCAUACCUGAAGAAGUCCUUCGAACAGGAACCUCUGGGAAAGGAAGUGUCCCUGGAGCAGGAGGUGCUGCUGCAGUGUCGCCCUCCGGAGGGCAUACCGGCUGCUGAGGUGGAGUGGCUGAAGAACGAGGAGAUAAUCGACCCGGCAGAGGACAGAAACUUCUACAUCACCAUCGACCACAACCUGAUCAUCAAACAGGCGCGUCUGUCCGACACCGCCAACUACACGUGUGUGGCCAAGAACAUCGUGGCCAAACGACGCAGCACCACAGCCACUGUUAUCGUCUAUGUGAACGGCGGUUGGUCAACAUGGACGGAGUGGUCGGUGUGUAACAGCCGUUGUGGGCGGGGCUUCCAAAAAAGAACCCGUAGCUGCACGAAUCCCGCCCCCCUCAAUGGAGGACUGCCGUGUGAUGGAGUGGCCAUACAGAAGCUGCCUUGUACCUCACUUUGCACCGUGGACGGCGUGUGGACGGACUGGAGUAAGUGGUCGGCCUGUGGGACGGAGUGCACCCAGUGGAGGAGGAGGGAGUGCAACAACCCGGCGCCCAAAAAUGGAGGCAACUGCGACGGGCUGGUGCUCCAGUCUCAGAACUGCACGGACGGACUCUGUAUGCAAACUGCUCCAAGCACAGACGACGUGGCGCUCUACGUGGGCAUCGUCAUCGCAGUGAUCAUGUGCCUCGUCAUCUCCGUCAUCGUGGCGCUUUUUGUCUACCGCAAGACGCACCGCGACUUCGACUCAGACAUCAUCGACACCUCGGCGCUGAACGGAGGCUUCCAGUCUGUUAACAUCAAAACAGCCAGAUCGGCUGAUCUUCUGACCGCCCCUCCCGACUUGACCAAUGCAGCCGCCAUGUACCGCGGCCCCGUGUAUGCCCUCCACGACGUCUCCGAUAAAAUCCCGAUGACCAACUCCCCGCUCCUGGACCCUCUGCCCAACUUGAAGAUCAAAGUCUACAACUCUUCUGGUCUGGUCACACCUCAGGACGACCUCGGGGGGGACUUCACGUCCAAACUCUCUCCUAAGGUUACCCAGUCUCUGUUGGAUAACAGUGACACCAUGAACCUUCGCAGCCAGAGCUUGGCCCGGACACGGGAUCCUUCAUGUACCGCCCACGGAUCCUUCAACAACCAGGGAGGACACCUCAUUGUGCCCAACUCUGGGGUGAGCUUGUUGGUUCCUGCGGGCGCCGUUCCUCAGGGCCGCGUCUAUGAGAUGUAUGUGACCGUGCACAGGAAGGACAGCUUGAGACCCCCGGUAGAGGAUAUCCAGACUGUGCUGAGCCCGGUAGUGAGCUGUGGGCCUCCAGGAGCCCUGCUGACCAGACCAGUGAUCCUCACCAUCCACCACUGCGCCGACAACGUGGAGGAAGACUGGCUCAUACAGCUCAGGAACCAACUGGCCAUGGGAGAGUGGGAGGACGUGGUCGUGGUGGGAGAGGAGAACUUCACCACGCCUUGCUACGUGCAGAUGGACUCUGAGGCGUGUCACAUCCUAACGGAGACCCUGGGGACGUACUGCCUGGUGGGACAGUCGGUCUGCAAGGCGGCCGCCAAGAGGCUCAAGCUGGCCGUCUUCGGGCCCGUCUCCUGCACGACUCUGGACUAUCACAUCCGGGUCUACUGUCUGGACGACACGCAGGACGCACUCAAGGAGGUUCUUCAGAUGGAGACCCAGAUGGGAGGGAAGCUUCUGGAUGAGCCGAAGACUCUGAACUUUAAAGACAGCACACACAAUCUGAGACUGUCGAUCCACGACGUGCCGCACACACACUGGAAGAGCAAGCUCAUCGCUAAAUAUCAGGAGAUUCCGUUCUACCAGGUGUGGAGCGGCAGUCAGAGAAGUCUUCACUGCACCUUCACCCUGGAGAGACUGAGCCCGGCCACCAUGGAGAUCAGCUGCAAGCUGUGCGUGCGGCAGGUGGAGGGGGAGGGACAGAUCUUUCAGCUUAGCAACACACUGGAGGAGGAGGUCCAGUGCAUAGACACGUCCCUAAUGGACCCUGCCAGUAACAUCACCAUCUUAGUAGGACCCAACGCUUUCCGCAUUCCUCUGUCCAUCAGACAGAAGCUGUGUGGCAGUCUAGAUGCUCCGCAGACGAGAGGCAACGACUGGAGGAUGCUGGCCCACAAACUCAACCUUGACAGGUAUCUGAACUACUUUGCCACCAAGUCCAGUCCAACAGGUGUGAUCCUGGACCUGUGGGAGGCCCAGCACUUCCCCGACGGAGACCUGAAUGAACUGGCCGCCGUACUGGAAGAAAUGGGUCGCCAUGACGGCAGCUUCGCCUCCAUGACGACAGAACACUGACGAAAUAAAACAAAAAAAAUGUGGUCACCAUGACGACGACAGAACUCUGGAGACGAUUACGUGAGAAUUCUCUUCGGUCGACGCUGCAGCUGGGGUGAUGGCGAUGGAAGAAUAAGAUGCGAGAGUGGAGGGGAAGAUGUCGGCAUGGUUGAAAUAACCACGGUUGCCAUGCCAACGAGAAGUGCUCGAGAUUGUUUUCCGAGAUAUGUGUGCAUCUGUGUGUUUUGUUAAUUGGAGCAGUGUUGCAGUGUCGUUUGUGACCGAAGUAGAGAAAAACCCCAACCUACAAACCGAUGUCGAUCAGGAACAAACGAAUCAUCAAACACCGAAAAAAAAACGGACCUUGUUUAGUGUAACACUCGUUGUUCUCCUGCUGUUACUUUCUACUGAACAAAGAAGCAGAGCUGCAGAAGAAGACGGAGGUACUGACCUUGAAAACCUCUAAAGGAAUGGAAGAGAAUGAUGAAGGGAGAGAGCAUAAACUGAUUAUGGAGGAGUGGGAGAAGGUAGAGCGAGGAUAGAAAAAAGAGAGAGAGAGUGAGUUAGAGCCUCUUUAGGUGGAGUAAACAGAGGGAGAAGCUAAACUGAUUACAAGAGAGAGGGAGGGAGGGAGGACGUAAACACAAAAUGAUGGAGGGAGCCGCAGGUGAUGAUCUGUAAGAACAGGAUGGAAAACAGAUAAUGAGAGAGGAGAGAGAUGAAGAUGUAAUCCCUCUCUCCUCCUGCGAGCCUUGGCUGUACGUGUUUGCCAGUACAGUUUGUUGUCUUUUAUAUCGUUUCCUAGGGAACACUUUUAUGUAUUCUGCUGUCCAUAUGUGUGGAUCAUUUCCUGCUACACAGUGAGUGUCAAUCAGCGCCGUCCUGACCAGAAACAAGCCCCGGACAGAAGGUUUGGAUUACAUCAUUAAGGGGGUUCAUAAAUUCCUGUUGUGGUCUGUAUUCAGUUUGUGGCUUUUUUGUUAAAUUAUCCAGGGUCAGGAAAACUCAAAGGACAACGUCAAAUGCAACUGAGCCUUUAACUUUGCUGAUCCAAAACAGAUCCAAGGCUGAUUUCACUUAUACCAACAAAAACACAAAAAACACGUAAGAUGUGUUUGUAAUUGUCAAACAUCUACUUUGCACGUGGUAAACUUUGAGUAGUGAAUUUUGAAGCCCAUGUUAAAGGUCACAUAUUACACUCCUUUCUAAAUAUUUAAAAUAAGUCUCUGAGCUCCCUAAAACAUGU